GCGCCGCCCGCCAGCUUGGGGAGCUGCUGUCCCGGGCCUGGCCGGUGCGCGUCUGCCUGCUGGACCUGGGCACCGCCGGCCGCCUGGGCACGGGACUGGGUGGGGGCGCUGACCUCGGCCUAGGAGGCCUAGGAUCCGGGAGACGCCCGCGUCCGCGGGGGCCUGCAGGUCGCACGCCUUCCCCGAGCUUCUGCUGCUCGCAGCUUCUCGGCAGGGCGAGGUCAGGUGCCCCCCUCCUCGCCUGUCUCCUCUUCUCUUCCUCCCCCACCUCUGUGCCCGCUGGAGUUCCUGCCCGCCCCCUCCCGCAGGGGUGUAGCAGGCUGCAGAGCUGACAGCGGCCCGGCAGCCACCCUGCCCAAACUCUCCGGAAGCAGCCCGAGCUCAGGCCGCCACAGCCCCGGUGGACCCACUAUUGGACCGGAGGCGCCGGCCCUCCUCCCGCUCCCAAACUUGGAGCACUUGACCUUUGGCUGUCGGUGGAGGCAGGCCCACGGGUGGCUGGACAGCUGCGGCGCCGCGAGGGCAUCUUGCCUGGGGACCAUCCACUGCAUUCUCGGGCUCCUGGCUUUGCCUCUGGGACCCGAAGGUGUCCACAUUAGGCGCAUGUUGACUGAGACCUAGAGUCAUGGACGUGUGUGCCCGUCUUGCCCUGUGGCUCCUCUGGGGGCUCCUCCUGCAUCAGGGCCAGAGCCUCAGCCAUAGUCACAGCGAGAAGGCGACAGGAGCCAGCUCCGGGGCCAACUCUGAGGAGUCCGCUGCAGCAGAGUUUUGCCGGAUUGACAAGCCACUGUGUCACAGUGAGGAUGAGAAGCUCAGCUUUGAGGCAGUCCGCAACAUCCACAAGCUGAUGGAUGAUGAUGCCAAUGGUGAUGUGGAUGUGGAAGAAAGUGAUGAGUUCCUGAGGGAAGACCUCAAUUACCAUGACCCAACAGUGAAACACAGCACCUUCCAUGGUGAGGAUAAGCUCAUCAGCGUGGAGGACCUGUGGAAGGCGUGGAAGUCCUCAGAAGUAUACAACUGGACCGUGGAUGAGGUGGUGCAGUGGCUGAUCACAUAUGUGGAGCUGCCUCAGUAUGAGGAGACCUUCCGGAAGCUGCAGCUCAGUGGCCAUGCCAUGCCAAGGCUAGCUGUAACCAACACCACCAUGACAGGGACUGUGCUGAAGAUGACAGACCGGAGCCAUCGGCAGAAGCUGCAGCUGAAGGCCCUGGAUACAGUACUCUUUGGGCCUCCUCUCUUGACCCGUCAUAAUCACCUCAAGGACUUCAUGCUGGUGGUGUCUAUCGUUAUUGGUGUGGGCGGCUGCUGGUUUGCCUAUAUCCAGAACCGUUACUCCAAGGAGCACAUGAAGAAGAUGAUGAAGGACUUGGAGGGGUUACACCGAGCUGAGCAGAGCCUGCAUGACCUUCAGGAAAGGCUGCACAAGGCCCAGGAGGAGCACCGCACGGUGGAGGUGGAGAAGGUCCAUCUGGAGAAGAAGCUGCGUGAUGAGAUCAAACUUGCCAAGCAGGAAGCCCAGCGUCUGAGGGAGCUGCGGGAGGGUACUGAGAAUGAGCGGAGCCGCCAAAAAUAUGCUGAGGAAGAGUUGGAGCAGGUGCGGGAGGCCUUGAGGAAAGCAGAGAAGGAGCUGGAAUCACACAGCUCAUGGUAUGCUCCAGAGGCCCUUCAGAAGUGGCUGCAGCUGACGCAUGAGGUGGAGGUGCAGUACUACAACAUCAAGAAGCAAAAUGCUGAGAAGCAGCUGCUGGUGGCCAAGGAGGGGGCUGAGAAGAUAAAAAAGAAGAGAAACACACUCUUUGGCACCUUUCACGUGGCCCACAGCUCUUCCCUGGAUGAUGUAGAUCACAAAAUCCUAACGGCUAAGCAAGCACUGAGUGAGGUGACAGCAGCACUGCGGGAGCGCCUGCACCGCUGGCAACAGAUCGAGAUCCUCUGUGGGUUCCAGAUUGUCAAUAAUCCUGGCAUCCACUCACUGGUGGCUGCCCUCAACAUAGACCCCAGCUGGAUGGGCAGUACACGCCCCAACCCGGCCCACUUCAUCAUGACUGACGACGUGGAUGACAUGGAUGAGGAGAUUGUGUCUCCCUUGUCCAUGCAGUCCCCUAGCCUGCAGAGCAGUGUCCGCCAGCGCCUUACGGAGCCACAGCAUGGCCUGGGAUCUCAGAGGUUGGUAGAGGGAGAGGCUGGCCACUUCUUGACAAGCCGGGUGUCUCUGCGGCGAAUGCGCAGCCUUUCAUCUGGACAGUCUUUCAGUUCUGAAGGCUACGGGACCAGCCCUCCAUCUGCCUCUGCUUCUUCUUCCUCCUCCUCUUCCUCCUCCACCACCACCACCACCACCACCCAUGUCCACCCUGUUUAUCACCACCACAGCACUUCCUAUUUCCUCCAGAUGGAGCCCAACACUGACCCACCCCCUUCUGACAGCACCACAGUGAUGCCUGGGCAUUCAGAGAGCUUGGGGGAUUUGACCCAUUCCGAUUCGGAGUCCUCCCUCCACAUGAGUGACCGCCAGCGGAUGACCCCCAAACCUCCUCAGAUGGGCCGUGCUGCAGAUGAGCCUCUUAAUACCAUGACUUCCAAUGGCAGCCACCGGUUGAUUGAGGGGGUCCACCCAGGAUCUCUGGUGGAGAAACUACCUGACAGCCCUGCCCUGGCCAAGAAGUCAGUACUGGCGUUGAACCAUGGGCUGGACAAGGCCCAUAGCCUGAUGGAGCUGAGCCCCUCAGCCCCACCUGGUGGCUCUCCACCUCUGGAUUCUUCCCGUUCUCACAGCCCCAGUUCUCCAGACCCAGACACGCCAUCCCCAGUUGGGGACAGCCGAGCCCUGCAAGCCAGCAGAAACACACGUAUUCCCCACCUGGCUGGCAAGAAGGCUGUGGCUGAGGAGGAUAAUGGUUCUAUUGGCGAGGAGACAGACUCCAGCCCAGGCCGGAAGAAGUUUCCCCUCAAAAUCUUUAAGAAACCUCUUAAGAAGUAGGCAGGAUGGGGGUGGCAGUGAUGGGACAGCUUGUCCUUCUCUGGGUCUUUUGCCUCCCCUUCCCUCCCUUCCAUCAAGAUAUCUAGCCCCUAGAGUAGGGCAUGGGAGCGGCUGGCCCCAAAGGCCUGGACACUGUACAUACCUGCUUCCCUCAUCCUUGGGUCCUUCAUCAUUAUUUAUUAACUGACCACCAUGGCCUGCCUGCCCUGCCUCCCUCCCAACCAUAGGCUGCUGCUGUCACUCCCUCUCCACUUCAGUGCAUGUCUUAGUUGCUGUCCCCUCAGCUCCCAGCUCCACAUCUGGGGUCCAGCUUCUGUCUCUGCUGUCCCAGUUUUGAGGUUUGGUUUCUUGUUUCUGUCUGUCUCUUGCUUUCAGGCUCCUCCCUCCCACCACUUCCCAACUUCCCCUAGCAGUUGCAGGGAAGAUAGGAGGAACGACUUCUGAAACCUCUGUCUCAUAUCUAUUCCACCACACCCACAAUGGUUCUGUUCUCUCAAGAUGUGUGUAGGGCCUAGGGCCUACUCUUCGGAAUUUGUUCUUUGGAGAUAUUAUGGGUCAGAGGGAACCUCAUCUUAGAGCUCACUCAGGCCUCCAAGGGUCCAUGGGGAAGUGAAGCUAAUUUCCAGAGAACAGUCCACGAGAGUUUUGAACAGAGGCCAGGCUAGGGCAUAGAUCAGGAGACCUCUCUCAGUUGGAGCAUGAAUGGAUACCAGAGCUGUGGGUUAUAAAGCAAUCACCUUUUCUCUCUUCUCCCACCCACCCCUGCCUCCCUGUUACCCCUGCUCCCCCACACUGCAGGAGGGUUUGUCUCUAAGAGGUGCUGCCCCAAAGCUCCUCAAGCAUCAGUACUCCUAGGGCUCAGGACAAUUGGUUCCCCUGCUCAGGGGAGCCAUAGCCAGGACACAGGGCUCUCAUGGAGCCCUGGAGCUUUUGGCCAAGGAUGUUGUCAUAUUUCUGAACCAAAAGACAAAAUAGGCUAAAAGUAAGAAAAAAAAUCUCCUGAAUUUCCCAAGUGCCUACACUGCAUACUCCCCAUGUCAGAUGCCAUUUUCAUGUUGCUUUAUAGCCUGGGCCAGAGGCUCAAAAUAAGACACACCCAGUUUGAGGAAGGGGUGGCUAAGGAAGAUGGUGUAGGUGAAGGCGGCUGUGUGACGACUUCCCCUCACCCUUCCUACUCUCUAGACAACUCUCUCCCUUACCUGUUUUUGCUAUGGCUAUAAAGGUAUUUUCACUCUGCCCCACUCCCUGCCAUGCCUUUUUCCUGGGAUCCCAUUUUGGGCCUGGGGUGGGUGCACCUGGGGCUGGUCUUAGGAGGGUGCUAGUCUGUAGACUGCCUUGUACCCCCUGGGCACCCUCACAUGGGUUUUCUUUGUUAUUUCAUAAGACUCUUUGAAGUCCAAUAAAGCAUGUAGGAGAUUUUAACCUCU